AUGAAUGAAUAUCGAAACUCACUUCUUACAUCCCGGCUUUUACUAUGUAUAAGCAUAGCAUGCCUGGGGUCAUUACAAUUUGGUUAUCAUAUUGCCGAAUUAAAUGCACCUCAACAAGUACUUUCAUGUUCUGAAUUUUCUAUCCCUUCAGAACAUGCUACAUAUGACGAAACAUGGCUUGGAUCACAUGGCCUUGUACAGUGUAUUCCAUUGAGUAAUACACAAAUAGGUUGGAUAACGUCUAUCUUCUCUCUGGGUGGUUUAUUAGGAUCAUUUUAUGCUGGAUCAUGGGCUGAUCAUUACGGUCGUAAAAAAGUGUCUAUUGCAAGCAGUGUGGUGGUCACCAUAGGUUCAUUAGUACUUUUCUAUAGUAACACCUAUUUGCAAUUGCUAAUUGGGCGUACCAUUGUUGGUAUUGCAUGUGGUGUGUAUUUGGUAAUAACACCAUUAUAUAUCAAUGAGAUUGCACCUGCACAACAUCGUGGUGCUUUGGGAGCAAUGAACCAAGUGGCUAUUAACUUGGGUAUUUUACUUACCCAAUUAUUGGCAUUACGGUAUACAGAUUCAUUCCGUUGGCGUUGGUUAUUCUUUGCUGGCGUUGUGCUUGGCCUAUUAACUUUGGUUAUGUGGUGGAAUGCUUGUGAAUCACCAUUAUGGAUGGCACAGAGAGGCAAAUUCUCGGUUGCAGAAACUACAUUAUUGGAUUUACGUGGACGUGCAGCACUACCAGAAGCUCGUGAAGAGGCACGUGAAGAAUUGCAAGGUCGGAUGAGUGUGGCGUUACCUGAGAGGGAAGGUGAUGAGGAAGCGGCGCUACCCAAUGCAAAUGCAACUUCGAAUAAACCCCCUUCGUUAUGGCAGUAUGCUACAGGUGAUCAAUAUAAAACGUCCAGGAACAUUAUUGCUGUGGUAUUAGUUGCACAACAACUUGUUGGUAUUAAUGCCGUUGUGUUUUAUGGUGUUCGUGUUGUGGCACAAUUAGUGCCUGAAAGAGCAGUUCAUGUAGCAUUUGGAGUCUCUGUCGUUAAUUUAGUGGCUACUGCUGGUGUUGCAACAGUAUUAGAUCGUGUGACACGCCGUACUGCAUUAGCAGCUUCAGCAAUGGGUAUUGCUUUGGGGAGUGUUGGUGUUGCUGCAGGUCUUGUAGGUUCACAUGCUGGAUUAUUGGUAUGGUCAUUGGUUUGGUACAUUGCAGCAUUUGCAUGUGGUAUGGGACCUGUUCCAUUUUUAAUGGUAGGUGAGGUGGCUCGUGGUGUGGAACGUGCUACUGCUCAAAGUUAUGGGACUGUAUGUAAUUGGUUGGCCACUUUUGCUGUCGGGUUGUUGUUCCCUGUGGCACAUGAUCUGUUGGGAGGAUGGGUAUUUGCAGGCUUUGCAGUGGUGUCAGUAGCAUUUGCAUGGUGGGCACGCCGUGAGCAUCAUGCAGAACGAAGCCAGCAUGUGAUGUAA